CUACACUGUACGAACGCUGUAGGACCGUCGAGGGAAGGGGGAAAGACAGACGGGCGCAUGGGUCACUUCUAUCGAUCAAAUCGCUGACUAAGCAGCACGGUUCCGAAUGCGGGAUUGCCCACCUCCAAUAAUGAUUAUGUCUAGGCCUCGAGUUUGCCCAGUGAUGAGUCAGGAUGAGCUGCGAAUGGGAUUGUCAGCAAUGGAAAAAGGAAAAAAUAAUUCGGAAUUUGAUGACUCCACAGUGUCUCGGCCGAUCUUCAUUUUCGGACUUGGGCUUGCUUUCCACUACAUUUCUUCAUUUUCUCCCUUCCUUUCCGCCGUCCAGCAUGUCUCCUACUGCUGUGUAUUCUGCAUAUGUGCCUCCAGCAGCAACACCAGUAAAAGGGCCAGCUCUUGCCAUCGGAUCCCCGUCGACGGCUCUUGAUGGACAGUACCAGUCGAUGGUAACAGACUUGGAGGCGUCGAGGAAGGUUGACCGACAGAUGCUCGAUAGAAUCGUCGACGGAGCUACCUCACUGGUGGCCUCGACUUACUCAUCGAUUCACGUCGCUCUCUCAUCUACCGACUACGAUGCUCUCCUGCCCAAUAUCUCUUCCUUGCUAUCUCAGCUUCUCUCAUCACUGGUACCACUGGGUACGCUGCACUUGCACAAUAUCUCUCCCGAAUCCAAGGUGCCCUCGGAGGUGACCCUAAACGGUUUCACGAUCCUCUCGGCAGCCUCUGCAUCCACCCUCAUUGCCCAAAAGCCCGUGCAUGCGCCUACUGCCACUAUUUCCCUCAAAAAAUCAGACUCAGCGAAUCCGCCAGUUUUACUUCCCCUACGCAAAAAGACGAAUACUGGUGCGAAGAAGGCACUGUGGACGCUGAGCACGCCGGGGACCCCGCCGAUUGAUGCGGAGGCGCUCCUGACGGAUUCAGACAAGGCUCGGCCAUGUGAGCCUGUUACAGCGUCGACAGCACCGCGGAGGAAGAAGGCGUGUAAGAAUUGUACAUGUGGACUGGCUGAGCUUGAGGCAGAGGAGCUGAAGAACAGUCAGGUCGUUGUCGUUGACGGCUCGGAAGACGGCGGGGCACGGGCCGUGUCGAGGGAGGAAAGGGAGAAACUGAUUAACAGCACACCAAAGGCGACGAGUAGCUGUGGGAACUGCUACCUCGGUGAUGCAUUUAGGUGUGCAAGCUGCCCUUACCUUGGACUUCCUGCAUUUAAGCCAGGCGAAAAGGUUCAGAUUGACUUUGGAAUGGACGACAUUUGAGUACUGGGAGAUAAUUGGUACCCAAGCCCUCUAACAAGGAGAACCUCGUUGGAGGGGUCUGGCUCACGUAAGGAGAGGGACCAGUUCAAGUCUUGCUGGGAGAGGAUAUAUGAUACUGUAGACUGUACUUUUGUGUAAAUUUGGUUGCUUACGAAA